CAUCGCCUAGAUUCUACCUUUCGCUCAAACUUCAUAUCCCUUCCCAAAACCCUCGUUUAUGUCACCCCCCUCCCGGCUUCGCCCAAAACCAUCGGCUUCUUGAACGAACCCUCGCGAUACAGUCACGAUUAGAACUAGUCGGGAAGGCUACGACGGGAUCGCGGCGUACAGAGACCACCGAAACUCCCAUUUUCUCAUCCUUCCGCUCCGCUACUACCAGAAACCAUUGAAGAAGUCUUGGAAGAAUGGUGCCAUCAAAGAACACUGAAGAAGUCAGCCAAAAUGGAUGUGGAGAAAACACACAGGUUGAAGAGAAGGAGUGGCUUGCCUCCCUCUCAGAGCAUGAACUAGAUUUUCUGAUUAGUUUGAAAGAUCUGGCUACUACACGUGCAAAGAAUAUUGGCCAUGAAGGUUUGACUCAAAAGUUUGAUCUCAAGGUGCUUCGUGCUCUUGCUUUUGUUUUGUUGGAAUAUUUUAAAGAUCGGCUAAUAAAUAUUCAAGGUGUUCCAGCGGACAAAUUGUUGGCAUCUUUAAGUGAUUGUAGAUUGCUUGAUCUAAAUUAUGAUGGAAAUCCUGAUACUAUAACCUCUGCAUCUAAGUCAUCCAAUAAAGACAUUAGUUUUGUCAGUUCAAAGCGAAAGCGAAUGUGGGAUGGCCUUAAAGAGGACGCAUCCUUCAGUAACAAGAAACAGAAAAAUACAGAUGGCGCUUAAAUUGGGAAAACUAUUGUGAAUUCCAUGGAGUAGAGCACAAGUGAUGUAAAAUUUAUUUGGCUUCAAUUAUUGGAAAAAAAUAUUUAGAGCUUGAUGUAUGUACUUAAAUGUGUAGAUGCUGAAAUGAAGUUUUUUCCAUUCAUGAAGGUGAUUCCUUUUCCUGCUUCGUAUGCUUAAUGGAUAUCCACAUCACCUGCUCUCAUUGUUUUAUUUUUAUCUAUCCAUUGAGACCCAAAAAAAAAAAAGAAAAAGAAAAAAAAAAUCUAUUGGCAUUGCCUAUGUAUAACUAGAAAGAUGACAUGACAAAAAUGGUGC